AUGGCGCCACCAGCUCCACCGUGCGCCGCAGCAUGCCACCACCACCUCCGCCGCCGCGUGAGACAACCGAAGACCAAGCAUGGGGUGGAUCCUUGGCCCCCGCGACGCGCCACCAUGCCCAACCCCGCCGCCGGCCAGACAGAGCCGACCCCGGAGGCCGCCGGCACCAGAUUCGGGCCAAGCCCAGAGCCACCAACUACGCCGUUGGAGGCCGCCGGCCGUCGCAUGAGCCACCACCCACCGCAGCAAACGGAUCUAGGCCAGAGAACCCCAGAUCCACCGCCGGCCCACACGCUGCCCGCGCAGCCGUGGUGGCACAGCCCCACCGAGAACCCCUGGGGCAUCCGGACUCCGCCGUCCCGCAUAGCGCCUAGGGGCACCGCUGCGCGCCAGCCGGAGGCCUCCUCGAGGAGGAAGGAGGCGAGCCCACCACCGUCGUCCGCCGGACGAGCUUCGCUCACCGGCUUCCUCCAGCGGCGGCGGGGAAAGCAGAGCAUCUCCAACAGCCGCGCCAAAAGGCGCGCGCGCAGUAAACUGGGCUUUUAG